UCACAAACUGCAACUUGAUCCCAAUCGCGCCGGUGACGGAGCUGAGCUGUGGGGGAUUUCGCUUCUGCAUUCAGCCAUGCGUGUGAAGAGUGGCCGUGUAUGCCAAGAGUGAGUGGAAACCAGCGCAGCGCCAACGUCGAGCGUAGAGAAUGCUGGCUCGGACUGCAGCAAAAGGUGUUAUAAGAUUGAAUUAAAUGAGUGUCGCUUUUACUAGUUGUUUUGGGCUUUAGUAGAGAAGCCCCCCACAUUUGGCGAUUUAUUUGGUCGAAAUGCAAGCCAUGGAGCCCAUCACGAAGUGGACGCCGAAGCAAGUGGUUGACUGGAUGAAAGGUCUGGACGACAGCUUGCAGCUGUACGUGAACAACUUUGAGCGGGAGAAGAUCAGCGGCGAGCAGCUGCUGAAGAUCUCGCACCAGGACCUGGAGGAGCUGGGGGUCGCCCGCAUCGGCCACCAGGAGCUGGUGCUGGAGGCGGUGGACCUGCUGUGCGCCCUGAACUACGGGGUGGAGACGGACAACCUGAAGACCCUGGUGGUGCGGAUGAGGGCGGCCACCAACAGCCUGCACAUGUCCACCUCGGAGCGCAGGAAGAGCGUGGCCUACGAGGGCAGCGUCUCCCGCAAGCCCCCCAACGACUUCCUCACCUGCGUGGUGGAGCUCAUCGGGGCGGCCAAGAGCCUCCUGGCGUGGCUCGACAGGACCCCCCUGACUGGGAUCAGUGACUUCACAUCCACCAAGAACAAGAUCAUUCAGCUGUGCCUGGACCUCACCACUACAGUUCAACAGGACUGCACUGUUUACGAGAUGGAAGAAAAGAUCCUGGACGUGUCUAAGGUAUUAAAUGGUAUCUGCGAUCAGACUGUAAGAACCACCUCUGACCCACUAAUGAGCCAAUCAACAUGCCUGGAAGAAGUCCAGCUGAACAAUAUCAAACCAGGAGAGGGUCUGGGUAUGUACAUCAAGUCCACCUAUGACGGUUUGCAUGUCAUUACUGGAACCACAGAACAUUCCCCAGCUGACCUGACCCGGAAGAUCCACGCUGGAGACGAGGUGAUCCAGGUCAACCAGCAGACCGUGGUGGGCUGGCAGCUAAAGAACCUGGUGAUCAAGCUCAGGGAGGACCCUAAGGGCGUGGUCCUGCUCCUUAAGAAGCGCCCAUCGGGCACUACGGGCUUCUCCCCGGCCCCGCUCAAGAACAUGCGCUGGAAGCCCCCGGUGCCACAGAACCAUUCCUCCCUGGUGAAAGCCCAGUCGCCCUACGGCUCCGCCAACGGAUCAACAAAGAAGGAGAAGCCUGCCAUUUUGGAUUUGUACCUUCCCCCGCCUCCGGUCGUCCCCUAUACUCCACGGGAGGGCCGAACGGGCUCCCUCUCCAGCACCAGCAAGGCGAGGCACGGCGGCUCGGAGUCGCCCAACUCCUACCUGGACCAGGAGAGCCGGCGGCGCCUGACCGUGGGGGACUACGACAAGCUGAGGGCGGGCUACCCCAUCGAGGCCAACGUCAUCCAGCCCCGGAUGCGGGAGCACAAGCCCGCACGCAACAAACAGCGGCCGCUCUCCAUGCCGGUGGACACCUGUCUCGGGCUGAUCGACCCCUACGCCAAGUCGUGGUCACAAGGAAGAAAAGGCGAAGACCUGCUCUACAGAUACCUGAGCAAUGAGAGAAUCCCCACCAUCGCCGAGGAGGUGUCCUCCGUGUGCACGCCGCCCUACAGGCCCGGAGGGGAACGGCAGUUCACCAGAGGGGUGGACCACAUCCGGGGGGGCCACCGCUACCACUCCAACUCGGACCUCCACAGCAGCGCCACCAUCCCGUACCAGGAGGACCUGAGGAAGCCCCCGGUAGGCCCCGCCCCUCCCAGCAAACGCAUCCCGGCAGAACGCUCGCUACUGGGAUCUGACUGGCGAUCUAGCAGUGACUUCCUAAACAGAUAUAGUCAACAACACAUGCGAUCCUGGUCCUUUUCUCAAGCGGCUGCAUUCCCUAUAUCCCUGGCCCCCUCCUCAAUGGCUGCGGAUGACUACAACCCUGUCUCCCUGAGAACCAAGUCCAAGAAGAAGAGUUCACGUGGAGGCAAUGUGACGAUGAGCAGGAGACGGAUCUCAGUUAAAGAACUGGGCCAUCCCGACCACCAGGGCUGGCUCUACAGAAAGAAAGAUGCCUUUCUGGGUCUGAAAUGGAAGAAGUACUGGUUUGUGCUCAAGAAGACCUCUCUCUACUGGUACAGCAAUCAGUUGGCCGAAAGAGCCGAGGGGUUUAUUAAUCUCACCGACUUCAUCAUUGACCGGGCAAUUGAGUGCAAGAAGAAACAUGCCAUCAAAGCCUGUCACCCCCACGUCAUGAUGUUCUUCUUUGCUGCUGAAAGCCACGAAGACAUGAACAUAUGGUUGAAUAAGCUCGGGUUGGCUUCCAUCCAGUACGAGUCGACAGAGAAGGCUGCGCCAACAGAGUGCUACAGCGAAGCCAGUGACCCCGAGGAAGCUGAGACCAGCGAGGCCCCCCCGCCGCCCUACUCUGAGCAGACGCUGCGGGACUCGGUGGAUGGAGCUGUUAUGCCUGCGAGUGGACAGGACACCCUGCCGCCUCCCUACUCCUCCCCACUCCCCAGCGACACCAACGGUUCGCUGUCCUCGCCCGUCAGUACGAUGACCUCACAGAGCUCCGCCUCCUCCUUAGUGAAAAACCGGCAGUCCUGGAUGGACCUGGUGUCCCAGGCUUCCCCCGGGCUCGCCCCGGAGACCACGGUGGUGUGCUCGGUGCAGGUGCACACGCAUCGGCCCCCGCAGGAGGAGCUGGGGGAAGAGGCAGGCGAGGCGCCGGCCAGCUCAAGGGAUGCGUCGACUGGGGACCUGUCAGAGAGCAGUUCCCAUGGCGACGUACGUGUUGCUGCUGCCGCUGAGGGGCAGACACUGUUGGAUAUUCCAGGCACUGGGGACGAAGGUGGUCAAGAAACUAACUCUGACGAGAUGCAGACGCUGUACAACCACCUGAAGCAGGCCAGCCUCUCGCCCCUCGGUGAACGCAAGCCAUCCACCAAGAAAGACUUCCGGGCUUCCUUCAUCAAGCGCUGCAAGAACACCACCGUCAACGACAAAUUACACCUUAUCAGAACUCUCAACAGCACACUAAAGUCUAAAGAGGCGGAUCUGCAAGUGAUAGACCAGAUGCUGUCGGGUAGCGAGCUUACCUCAAACCGGUUCCGAGAGUGGAAGGAAGCCAACGCACAACUGAUCCAAGAGAUCAAUCUCAAACAAGACCAGCAGGUGGCGCCAGAGGAUGAGGCACCCACAAUAGAAAAAGCAACAACAGAGGCAGCCACAACAGAGUCCGCGUCAGCAGUUGCUGCUCCAUUGGUAGAGACUAGUUUAUAAAGGACUGAGGAAGAUACCCUGUGCCUGGAGGUCUAUUAACGCUCCCCAACACUGUUGCUGUCCGACUAUUGUCGGACGAUUGCGAAAACUAAGUACUGCCUUUCAAGUUGGAGAUUUUCUUUGCAACUAAACGGUUAUGUUUUGUUUUGUAAAAUGUGAAGUUUGUCUCUUUAGUAUUACAUUUACUUAUUGUAUUAUAAGCUCUUCAUGUUUCUGAUUGCCUUGUUGGGGUAUUUUAUGAACCAUUCAGUGGAAAUGGUCUUAAUUCCAGUGUUUCAAAUUGGAGGUAUAAAGUAGAUUGAAAAUGCAACCAUUAAUCUCAUCCUGGUAGCAUUUUUUUGUAAUUAUUUUAGUUGUCAAGUGUUUCAUAUUUUAAUAUUGGUGCCAUGCACUAACACUGCCGUUCACCUCUUAUGAAAUGUCACUGUGUGUUGAGGCAUGUAUGAUGUUUGGAUUUGUUAUUUUGAUUUUGAUAGAUCUUUGUUUCACAUUGUUUUUAAAUUUCAAUCAACCAAAUAAAAAAAUAAAAAAAUAUAUAUAGGAGGAAAAACGCUUGUUAAUAUAUGAUUUCAAGCUGUCUUGCCUGGUCAACCCAUAUUAAUUCAUUAAAUCAAACUGAUUCGUAUCAGAGACUUAGUCUUGGGUGUGCACAUAUUUCUGUGACUUCGUAUCAUAUCACGUUGGUUUUAAUUAAGUUGUACGAUAUAUGCUAUAAAGAAGCUACAACUGUAAUGCAGGUGCAACUGGAUUACUGCAGGGUAAACAAUAGACCUUAACUUGAACUAGGCACAACUAUUUUUUAUAACUUACAAAUUGUAGUUUUUUGAAGGACGUAAUUGUUACCAGAAAUUGUAAGUAUUGUACAUAGCUGAUGUAUUGAUUCUGUUUUAGUUUUGUGUUUGCCUUUGCCAAGGAAAAUAAAGUGUUACUGCCACAAACUGAA